AUGAGUCUCCAGCUGGUAAUUGCGCCUAGAGUAGCUGCUGUUAGAGCAAAUUUCAUAGCACCUCCAAUGCCCUCAAAGUUGGAAGAAACGCUUUUCGCUCUUCAGCAUCAUUGUGCUGAAGAUAGUGAUAUACAGACGCAGUUGCGGUUACUGGUGACAGCUGAAGAACGACUAAUUUUUUUUACGGAGAAACCAGUAGAGCGAAGGGUGCUUGAAGUGUUCCUUCAUGUCCAAAUAAGCAAUCAGAAUUUGCGCCAAAUGAGUAGCGUACAAGAUAUCAUUGCGACGUUGAGCUGA